AUGAAAAGCUUCAAAGGUUUGGAUCUGUUCAGAAAAUCAGUCGACGUCUCCGAACAAACCCUCUCAGGCGGAAUCAUCACUGCAUUUGCCUUCUCAAUCAUGCUGAUUUUAUUUAUCUCCGAAAUUUCCUAUUAUUUCAUAAACACAGUCCAAAAAGAGACUUUAGUAGACCAAGACCGAGGAGCAAAAAUGCUGCAAAUAAACUUAAACGUCACAGUAUUUAAUGCCCCCUGCAUUAUUUUAAGCUUAGAUCAAAUGGAUCAAAUGGGAACUCACAACGUAGAUAUUGAAGGGUUCUUAACAAAGACACGUCUCAGUAAAGAUGGCUCAAAACUUGACAAAAAAUACGAAAUGAAUAUGCUUAACACUGUCAGAAUGAUUGAAGAGCAAGAAGGCUGCGAAAUCUCAGGGCAUUUUACUGUAAACAAGGUCCCAGGAAAUUUCCACAUAAGUUUUCAUGCAACACAUGAAAUGAUGAGCCAAGUCCCUCAGCAGUAUCUUGAAAAAAUCGAUAUAUCACACAGAAUAAACCAUUUAAGCUUUGGUAGAGAACAUAGGAAUUCUUAUAUUUUAUCAACAUUUGGAGAAGGCGAGCAGACGAAUUUCGCGCCUUAUGACGGGAUUAUUAAAACAGAUAAGCAAGGGGUCGUAGCAAAGCAUGAAUAUACAUUGAAAAUAAUCCCAAUACAGUAUUAUGAUAAAAUUACAGGAGAAGAGUUUCAUAGCUAUCAGUUUUCUAUGAAUGGGAGCACAAGCCCAAUUGAAGCAGUGUUUGGAAUUGUGUAUUUUAAUUAUGAUAUUGAUAAUAUCAUCAUGAAAUACACAAGAGUUUAUAAAAGCUUGCCACAGCUUAUUAUAUCUCUAUGCGCAAUUUUGGGGGGAGUAUUUACAGUUUUAGGAAUAGUGAAUUCGAUAAUGCAGAAGUAUUAA